AGACAUUGAACCAUGCGUGAAAUGACACAGUCACACAUAUUCGAUACUAGCUAGUAAAACGUGAAGAAGACUGCAGGGACCAGUCACCGUUGAGAGCUCGCAAGAGGAAGAACAACUUGAUCACUUACUUGAAGCGCAUCGUGGAACCAUUGCUCAUUCAUCUGUUGCUGGCAGACGACUUUGCUUGCAUCCCGCUCACUCGUCCUCUACACUCUCCAUAGAAACAUUGUCAGCCACAAAGCCAUUCAAUUUUAGUAUUGUUCUAGCUAGCUAGCCAGUUCCAACAAUACAACAACAGCAGCAAUAGAAAGAAAGAAAGAAAGAUGAUGUCUGAAUUGUUCCACAGGAGUUUGGGAAUCCGCCAAGAUGGCCGUUGCCAUCGGCACCCCGAUGUUUGUAUCAUGGAACCGGGUGCUUCUUCUUUGGGUUCGUGUCACCUCUGUGCCAUGGAAGCUCACAAAGAACUGUUGCGAGACGACACGGCCACUACCAUGAGCAAUUCCUUCUUUUGGUCGUCGGCAGCUUCCUUGUCGUUGACGUCGAGUUUUCGCACGCCUCAGAUUUCCAAUGGCAGCAAACACUAUAAUGCUACAACUUCCGGCAAUUCUGCUGCUGGCGGGAGUGGCAGACAACCGUACCAUCCUCCACAUCAGCAGCAACAGCAUCAGCAGCAACCGUCGUCGGAAGAAAUGGCCGAAAAGCAACAGCAGCAGCAAUUCUUUGAAUCCAUCAUUACGCGAUGGGUCCAAGUGCAAGAUGGCAGUCUACAGCAAUCGAUUGCGCUCAGUACUCCCUUGAUUCUACACGAAUUGCGCAAAUUGGAAGCCAAGGUUCAUCAGCAAGAAGCCACCAUUCAAUCCCAGCAAAAGACCAUUCAAGAAUUGCGACAAUCCAUUGAUCAGAAACACACGGCGACUCAGGAACUGCUUCAAACUAUUCUACAAACUGUAGUGUCUUCGUCAUCCAACAAUAACAACAACAACAAUAGCAGUAACAAAGUAGAGGAGGAAGAGGAAGAGGAAAAACAAGAGAAUAUUCCCUUUGUGAUUCCAACCACACGCAAGGCUCGUAACAACACCACGAAUAAUGGCAAGUCCAACAACACUCCACAACAGCAACGAACGACCCUCAAGAGACGACCUUCCAUGAACUCAAUGAAAUCGGCACAGCGCUCCAUUGACAGCGGCGUCAAACAACCCUUGACUCGUCAUGACAGCAAUGCCUCGUUUACCAUUAACGACUUGCAGCCGCAUCCUCUCACACCCACACGAGGACGCGGUGGUGCCAUGUCCGCGUCGCAACCCAUCCAGUUCACGUCACCCCUUCCCGCCCAUGAAAUUCAAAUCAUGUCCCUCUCACACACCCAACUCUCCCCCAAGACCGAAAUUGCACUCGAUGGAAGUCAUCAUUCCCUCGAGCGCAGUGAUUUGCCCGACAUGGAAGCCAUCUUUGAAGAAGGAUUCGGAAAGGAAAUGUUGCAAGAAAAAAAGAAAAAAUUCCAAAUACCGCCCAAUUACUCGCGACGACAGAGUGCGGCGGCGCAACAAGGCAGUAGCAGGCCCAUGGAGAUUAUUCUGGAAACCAACGAAAAGAGUAAUCGCAAACUCAUGAUUGAUCAUUCGUCGCCCGAAGAAAUUCUUGGAUUCAAAGAUAUGGACAUGGUUGCAUUGCAAAAUGUAUUGACGCCUUUGAAGAAUAAGAAACAGCAACAAAACAAAAACAGUAAUAAUAUGGGCGUCGAAGGACAUGUAUCGUUGGUGACAUUGGAUGCCGGAUCCGAUCACGCAUCGGACCUGUCCGAAUCGGAUCACCACGCUCCCAGUCAAGUCACUAGUGUCGGUGAUGACGACGAUGAGGACGACGAAACUCAUGACGACACGGCACCCGCAGAGCCACCGCAAGUCUUUCUUAUGGAUCAAGAACCCAACGAUUAUUCGUUUGAAAAUCUGCAACACGUGUCGCGGUACAAAAUGAUUGACAUGUACGGGGAUCGUGGAACCUACACGGGAACCCUGGGCGACGACAAGGAGCCCUCUGGAUUUGGCACCAUGAAGUACGACAGCGGACGCUUUUACAAGGGCGAAUGGAAAAAAGGACGAUGGAAUGGCAAGGGCACGCUCCUCAAUGCCAAUGGUGAUUCCUACCAAGGUGAUUUCGUCAGCGAUGCACGGCACGGACGCGGGGUCUACCGAUUCACCAGCGGCGAUGUCUACGAAGGCGACUUUUUCGAAGACAAUCGUCACGGAACGGGAAAAUUCAAGUUUCAUAAUGGAUCCGUGUACAAUGGAGAGUUUUGCAUGGGAUCCUUUGAAGGAUAUGGCCGGUACGACUUUGACGGAGGAUACUAUGAAGGAGAAUGGAAGCGAGAUGAGUACUAUGGCAAGGGCAAGCUACAGUACAAGGACGGAAGCAAUUAUCAGGGUCGGUUCAAGCGAGGAUCGGCACAUGGAUUUGGAGAAGAACGGUUGGCCGACGGUACCGUGCGAUGCGGAUCGUGGAAACGAGGAGAAUUCCUGCAAGAAUGCACGGAAGAAGAGUGCAAAAGAAUGGAGGCAGGAGGUGCCACUAGCAGGAAUCGAAACAAACUGAAAGCGGGUGACGAACCACCCCCAUUGGCAAGCUAAAGUGAAGCAGUAGUUUUCAGUUUCGUCAUGUAGAGCUACGACUAGCCAGCAAGCAAAACUAGUUGUUACCUGCAGCCUUUCCCUGCGAUACUGUAGACACAAGCUUGGUCAACUAGAUUGAAAAGGUAACUGGUGCUUUAUCUUCAGAUCCAACAACAGACUGCCUGCGAUUGGCACAACACACAGAAUACCUGGACACUGGACCUGAUCCCACCCCCACCACGAAACCAGGCUCUAGGCACCGGACCUUCUUUUGGAGGCAUUGCUUCAUUGUCCCCCCCAAACACCUAAACAUAGUAUCUCCAGCUUCCGUACGGUACCAGCUAUACGGUAGUAGCUACAUGUACGGUACCAAGAGGCUACGCGAUUACAUCGUAGUCUAAAAUAAUUGGAGCAUGGUUCCGCUCCUUGGCCAAGGCCGACACCUAGCCUGACUCCAGGAUUACCACUUGCCAGGAACUCCGCCGGGAAGAUCUUGUCAGCUGCUAGCUAGCA